CCUAAAGCCUAACCCCCCAAUCAAACAUCAAAAUGCCACCCCACGACGGCCUAACAUCUCUGAAGGAGUAUGACGUCAAGGACUCCAACGUCGAGCUGAUUGGCACCGACAUCGACCACAACCUCAAGUAUGCCUCCGCCGCCACCGAGCCCGCCUGGAACAACGGCGAGGUCGGCGUUGUAGCUGGACUGCGCAUCUGGCGCAUUGAGGAGUUCCAGGUCGUGCAGUGGCCCAAGGAACGCUAUGGCCAGUUUUACGAGGGGGAUAGCUAUAUCGUUCUCCACUCUUACGAGGUUGGUAAGGAUGCGAAUAAGAAGCUCGGACACGAUAUCUUCUUCUGGCUGGGCAGCAAGACGACGCAGGAUGAGGCGGGCACAGCGGCGUACAAGACCGUCGAGCUCGAUGAGUUCUUGAAGGGCGCGGCGAUCCAGCAUAGAGAGGUGCAGGCGUCACCUUCGGAGGACUUCUUGGCUCUGUUCCCUAUUAUUAGGAUCUUGACUGGGGGCAUCAAGUCAGGCUUCCGUCACGUGGAGACGCAGGUUGAGAAGGAGGAGAUUAAGACGCUCUUGCGCAUCUUUGCGCCAGCGAAUAAGAGGGGUGCCGGGAUUAUGGUAUAUGAGGUCCAGCCCACCUGGGAGAGUCUCGAUGAGGGCGACGUGUUUGUCUUGGAUACGGGCAUUAAGAUCUGGGUGUGGCAGGGGAAGAAGUGCAGCCCUAUGGAGAAGGCGAAGGCGGCACAGGUGGUGCAUGAUAUGACUCGCGCGAAGUACAUCGACGUGGAAGUUCUAUCGCAGGCAGAAUCAAGGUCUAGAGUCGUGGUUGGCCUGUUAGGAGGCAAGGACGUUACCCAACAGGAGCUACAAUGCCCCAGGCCCGUCUUGACAGCGGAAAAGCAGGGUACCGAGGCUGGACGACCAACUAGAUUAUUCCGACUCAGCGAUGCGUCGGGUCAAUUAACUCUUGAUCUCAUCAAGGACGGAGAAGCUAUCCUGAGAUCCGACCUUAACGGCGAUGAUGUCUACAUCCUCGACGUCGGGAAGGCUAUCUGGGUCUGGAGAGGCCAGGGAGCUAGCAAGGCAGAGAAGGCUAUGUGGAUCAAGGUUGCUCAGAUGUAUAUGAACUCGCUUUUGGGUGCAUCUUUGACUCCGAUUGCGACGGUUUUGGAGGGUAACGAGAGCUUGGCUUUCUGGAGGGCGAUUGAGGUUUAGAAUUGGAUACCAAAUAGGAUACACGGCCAUUCUAGGGAUCAGAUAGACAUUGACUCCGCGUAUUUCUUCGGCUUGCACACCCGCUAUGAUUAGUUGCCUGGUACUUUAUAAAAUACUCAAAAAACUGAA